CCACGUCUGAAUCAUCAUUUUCUAUUUGAAUGUUUCGAAGAAAUAGUACUAAUGAUGUGUCUACAAAAAGUCAAAAAAACAAACCUUCGAACAAGGCAAUGGGAGCCAUUUCUAGACUUGCGAAACGUUUCCAACGGAAGAAACAAGAGGAUGGCGUCAUUUCCGUAUUAGUGACUACUCAACAAAGAAACGGUGAAGACGACGCAGUAGCAACCAACUUGGUUAACGAAAACGGUAGAGUAGUAUCGCAUACCAAUAGUGAAGGUCAAAGAAAAAGAGACACAGAGUUGGAAGAGAAGAAACAACAAGAAAGGGCAUUUAGUGAAGGAAUAGAAAGAGCACCAUGUUUCGAAGAAACACAAGACAGUUUACUCAAGCAUGAUAGACAAAAAGACGAUAAUGGAGGUCAAUCCUUCACAUUCGCUCAACCACAGUUAAAUGAAAGUAUGUGUGCAGACGAAAUAUUAUGUGAAAAUCAACAAAAACGGAAUAUUGGAAAUGAUUCUGCAGUUACCCAAAUUCAUACAAAUAGUUUUCAUAAUACAGAGAACGCUCAAACUGUGGAACAAGCAUUUUCCGACAGCAAUAUCAGUCAAAUAACAAACCCGAGUUCACAAUUCGCAAAGACCGUCGACAACAGCUCCAAUGAACAUACCAAUUCUAGUGGACGCUUUCCAGAAUGUCCAGAUAGCAAUCAUUUCUGUGAGAAAAAGUCCAAAAGAAGAAGUAGAACACCAGAUUUGCAAGCCGAUAAGAAUAGCGAAAAGGAUCAUGUGACGAAGAAAGAAAGUCAAACAACAGAAUUGACCAAAAGAAAAAGUAAAAAUUCGGUAGAAGCUCCUGCUAGUCCUAUUUCAUUCACUCGAUAUCCAUGGGAAGAACCUGGUUAUUCUGAAGGCUCUGGCAUAUCACAAACAAUAUCUGAAUCCGAAUUGACAAAAGAGACCUCAGAAUGGUUAACAAUUUUAGCAACCCUUGAAAGCGAAUGGACUCACAGAGUUGCUGCUUUGAAAAGAAUCAGGUUAACCCUCACUGUUGCAUUGAAUAACAAUUGUCAGAACGUGAUCGAAAUCUUUUCGGCUGCGUCUCUCAGAAAUGCCUUGAUCAUUCAGACAACAGAUCUCCGUUCCAGCUUAGUAAAAGAAGCAUUUGAAACCAUCGCAACAAUCUGUGAAAAACUUGGCAACUUGAGAGAUUUCUUCUUGACCAGUGCAUUAUUUCUAGACAAAGCUGUCUUGUUGGCAAUUGUCAAGACGACAAAGGUCAUUGCGAAACCAGCUGAAGAAUGUGGUAAGAGAAUCGUUGCUAGUACUGCUGCAGAGGCGGUAUUACCUGUAUUAUGCUCUACAAUUCGUUUUGGAGUGCAUCCUACAGCACGUGAGAAAUGUACCCUUUUUCUUUUGCACAUUUUGAAAAGAGGUUGUCCCCUUGUGAGACAUACUCAAGACAUUUCCAAUCUUGUAGCAAAGAAUUACGCACAUGAGACAAGUCCAAAGGAAAUUCGAGGUUUGCAAUACAGUAUUUCGGAAUUUACGAGUGAAGAUUCUGGGUUAAGAAGUUUGGAGAGUGCACUGGCUUCUGCAAUUGGCGACUCUCAUGGAAGUACACGGGAAGCCGGUCUCAAUUGUUUACAUGAGAUGGAAAAACAUUGGCCAGAAAGAACACAAGGACUCAUUCAAGCCUUGGAUCCUUCAUUACGACGCAGAGCACUUUCAUCUCUAUCUUCCAAUUCUAGUCAAAGUACCAAGUCAAGUGCGGCUAGUUCGAAUAGAGCUAGAAAAUCUGUAAGGGAAUGGAAAGCAGAGGCACAAAAAACAAGGAAAAAUCUUGAAAAUGCAAGCGUCUUUUCAGAAGAACACGUCGUCAUAGCGGAAGACUCCAUUGCCGAUAAUGCAGAAAGAACAAUCACGACAGGACAGGAGUCUCACACCAUUCCUAAGCACACUCUGUCGGAUACCAUUGACAUUGCUUCUGGAAUAGAGCACCGUUCUUCCAAAAAGACUGAAACGAGGAAUAGCAUAGAUACCAACAAGGUCCGAAAUAGUGACUCUCUACGAGUGAGAUAAUACUCACUUAGUAUUCAUAAAAAAAAUUGAACUGUG